AUGUUGCAAACUAUCGCAAGGAGGAAGGAAGACAAGGUUUUGCUUCCAAAAGAUAGCAAUAGUGAUAGGGAAACCUUGCACAAAUUUAAGCACAACAUCAUUGUUUCUGAUGUAAUUUGUAAAAGCAUGGGGAGUGAUGUCAACACUUCAAACCUAAUGUUUCUGAAUUCUGAGAUGCUCAAUGUUAUGUCAAGCAAACGAUUCAAGCCAUUCGAGUCGAACAGUGGAAGAUUCGCCAAUGAACUUUCAGCCAAGAGACAAUUUUUGAAGAUUAAGGAAGAUGUGGAAAGAAAAAGAUUGUACCAUUCUAAGGUUAUUACAACUGCCACUUCAAGCUCUCCUUGUACUAAUAACAUAGAUUUAGACAAAAAGACGACGACAAGAUCAUUGGAUCCAGGUGAGAAGAGAUCAAUGUCUGAGAUUACAAAUGUUUCAAGGUUUACAGAAUUCAGUACAAGAAGCAUGAUGAAUGACUUAUCAUCACCAGUAAACAUUGUAAAGGAUGAAAAAGUUUGGAGGCUUUGGUUUCCCAUUGCAAAGAGAACAAUUCAAUGGUUUGCUGGUAGAGAAAACAAUUCAGAAAUUUCAGAACAUGACUCAAAUGUAUGA